CUUGAACAUUACACGGAGACGGAGCACACAGCCGCUGGCGGCCGACGUUCAUAGGUAGCACUACCAUGCCGUCCGAGCGCGGUGUUGCCUUUCUUUCAUCACGGCUCGUAGUUGACGUCGGCUGUGGCAUGAGCAAUCAUUAAUAUUAUCUUCUAAUGAACGCAACAAAUUAGAUAGCUCAUUGCUUGGUUAAAAUUGAUGGCAACAAUCAAAUUUUUAAUACACAACAAUGUGGAUUCAUUUAUUUCAAAUAAAAGCAGUACCUGGAUUGUAAAUUAUACCUUCUUGCGUUGUUUCCUAAAAAAAUGUACGAGGACUAUAUAAAAAUAAUGGCGAAUACGAGAAGGAGCAACGUAGGCUUUGGGCACUUUGGGAGGAAGUACAGAAUGAAGAUGAAGCGAUCGAUCGAGACGAUUCAGAAGAAGAAGAUGAAAUAG